CGAGCUAUCGCAAAUAGCCGUUAGCAUAGUCACCGACUGAAAUCUCCGUUAAAUCCGUCAGCUGACUGACACCGUCAACAUCCGGUCUGGAUAUGAAGUGAGGAGCAUCUCACCUGAGGGACUCGAACACAGGUAGAAACACACCUGACGUACACAUGGGGAACACCGCGCUAAAGUCUCACCUGGAAACUUCCCAGAAGACCGGAGUGUUUCAGCUGACAGGAAAAGGACUGUUAGAGUUUCCUGACGAGCUGCAGAGACUCACCUCUAACCUGAGGACGGUCGAUUUGUCCGGGAACAAGAUCGAGCUACUUCCUGUUUCCAUCGGAAACUUCCUGCAGCUCAAGAGUCUGACGCUCAACUGCAACCGACUGAGUACUGUUCCUAGUGAGAUCGGGAAGCUGAAGAAGCUUGAGACCCUGAGUCUGAAUGGGAACCGGAUCCAGCAGGUUCCUCCGAGUCUGGGCCAGCUCAAGGCCCUGCGGACCCUCAGCCUGGCCGGGAACCAGAUCUCAGAGUUUCCUUCUGGACUGGCAUCCCUGAGGCAGCUGGACUUGCUGGACCUGUCCCGAAACCAGAUCCACAACAUUCCUGCAGAGGUGUCUGAGCUGCAGGCUAUCGAGAUCAACCUCAACCAGAACCAGAUCUCCAUGUUGUCGGCUGAGGUGUCUCUGUGUCCUCGUCUGAAGGUUCUCCGCCUGGAGGAGAACUGUCUGGAGCUGUCCUCCAUCCCUCUGUCCAUCCUGACCGACUCCCAGGUGUCUCUGUUCUCUUUGGAGGGAAACCUGUUCGAGGUCAAGAAUCUCAGAGACUUGGACGGAUAUGACAAGUACAUGGAGCGUUUCACAGCCACUAAGAAGAAGUUCACCUAGUGACCUUGGUGCACAACCUGGAUGCGGGGUUAGCCCCACAGCUUCAUCAUCACAGCCCCCCUCAGGACAGUUGACCUGCUUCUGUGAGGACAUUUCACCGAUCACAGGUCACAUGGACAAAGAGGAGACAUGGGGGGAGGGAGGGGCAACCACUAAUGAUCCACUUACCUGUGAUUAAAGACAAAUAUUCAGAUGUAGACCAGGAGCUGCACUUUGAUCACUGAUCAAUUGAUUAAUUUUUCCAGAUUAAAUGUCAAUAGAUUUCAGCUCCUCGUCGUUUCUGUAUCGUCUGUGACGUCUCUGUUCCUCUAAAUCACAUAUUAUUAAAGUUUUAGCAAUGGA